AUGGAGCGAUGGCUGUCGUCCUCUCUUCUCAAAUCAUUCCUAGAAGACCUCUUUCUCUCUCGGGAGAUGAUGCCUCUGGCUAAGGAAGGUGGUCGCACCUACGGGAUCCCAUUCAUACGCUACGACCUUCUACCUCCACUCAUCAGACGAAUCAGCGACAGAACGGACUACGGGGAUUUAGCCACACUUCCAGAGCUCCUGCAUCCAUCAGUGCCUGAUCUCCAUGGAGUUGACGCGAAGCAUUACUUCGGUCCUCGAACCAAGCAGGAGAUUGAGGAGAUUUUCAGAAAUAUCGGUGUGAACAUUUCUGACGAGACAUUUGAGGAGGCCUGGAAGCUGGCGUCCAUGAAGAAACCCAGCGGGGAAGUUUGUGUCGAGCUUUUCCGUCAGACACUAAAGGAACUACAUGCAAUUUAAAAUUAUUCAUAAUUAGGCCCGAGCAGCUAAGCGCUGCAAAGGCCUAUUGUAAUC